UUUAUUUACACAAAUCAUGUCUCGUUUAUUUUCAUAUCUUUUGGUUUUCUAUUCGUAUUUUCUUGUUAGUAAUUCGAGCAAUAUAAAAGAAAAUUAUGUCGCCCCUUUAUUCAUUUUCGGGGAUUCGCUUUACGAUGCCGGAAACAAUAAUUAUUUGAAAAGUGCCAACAACAAGGCCAAUUUUCCUCCCUAUGGAGAAACGUUCUUUAAAUAUCCUACCGGAAGGUUUUCCGAUGGUCGAAUUAUUCCUGAUUUUAUUGCUGGAUACUUAAAUCUACCAUUGAUUCUUCCUUAUCUUCAGCCUGGACAUCAAGAACAUAAAUACGGGGUGAAUUUUGCAUCAGGUGGAGCCGGUGCUCUUGUUCAAACUUUUCAAGGAUCUGCAAUAGAUCUAAAUACUCAGCUUAAUAAUUUCAAGAAUGUAAAGAAGCAUCUAAGCAAGAAAAUAGGUGAUACAAAAACAAAGGCUUUAUUAUCAAAGGCCAUUUACUUGUUCAGCAUUGGCACCAAUGACUAUGCAUCGCCUUUCCUUUCAAAUUCUACUAUACUUCACCAUUACACCAAUCAACAGUAUGUCGGGAUUGUCAUCGGCAACCUCACCAAUGUCGUCAAAGAAAUUUAUAAGAAUGGAGGAAGAAAAUUUGGAUUUAUGAAAUUGCUGGACUUGAGCUUUGUACCUUCAUCCAGAGCACUUGAGCAAACUAAUAGAAGUCCAAUGGGCUUUAAGGAGCAAGCUACAAUUCUAGUACAACUGCACAAUAAGGCACUUCCUAAGGUGUUUAAGGGUCUAAAGAAAGAGCUCAGAGGAUUCAAAUAUUCUAUUUUUGAUUUAUAUACUUCAGCAAGUGAAAGGAUUAACAAUCCUUCCAAAUAUGGUUUUAAGGAGACAAAAACGGCAUGUUGUGGGAGUGGACCAUUUAGAGGAAUCGGACAAUGUGGUAUAACUAAAGACUAUGAAUUAUGUGAUAAUCCGAGUGAAUAUUUGUUCUUUGAUGGUAGUCAUCCAACAGAGAAGUCCAAUAAGCAAAUUGCGAAGCUCAUGUGGAGUGGAAAUCCUAAAGUCAUAAGCCCUUAUAAUCUCAAAACAUUACUUGAAGCGUAGUUAUUAUUAUAUGUGUUUCCAUUUUAAUUCGAAGGCCAAAGUUUUAAAAUUUAAUCAUUUAAAAAUAUCUAUUUUUUUUAGAUUUUUUUAUGAUCUCAUCUUUCAAAA